AUGAAUCAAUGUAACAUUAAUCUUCUUGAUCUACCUACUGAAAUAUUACUUACUAUUUUAAAAAAACUUGAUAAUAUGGAUGUUCUUUAUUCAUUGUUUGAUGUUAAUAAUCAACGACUUGACAACAUAAUACAAGAAAAUACUUUCACUAAUACUCUCAAUUUUGUAUUAACAACAUUAACUGAUGAUUUCUUAUCGAUAUCUGAUCCAAUACUUGAUCGAUUUUGCACGAAUAUAUUACCAAGAAUUCAUUAUAAUGUUAAAUCUCUUACUCUUAACUCAUUAUCUAUGGAACGUAUUCUUCUUGUUGCUGACUAUUCUAAUUUAUGUGAAAUUAAAAUCUUCAAUUUUAAUAGUAAAAUUGCUUCACGUUAUUUUACAGUUCAAUCACCAUGUCGACGUCUUUUUCAACGACAAAUUAUAGAUCUUAUUCUUGUAUUUGAAAAUUAUUUUAAUGAAAUAUCAUGUAAACAUUAUACAACAGAUGUAUAUGGAUAUAUUUUAAAAUUCUUCGAAAAUCUAAAACAUUUAUCUAUUAUUGGAUCAUUUCCUAAGUAUUUUCCAUCUUUAGUACUUCGUAAUUUACCUAUAACUACUUGCUACUCUUCAACUCUUUCCAAAUUAUGUAUUAAUGUAAUUUAUUAUGAUGAUUUACUUGCUUUACUUGAUGGUCGUCUCAAACAAUUACAUACAUUGCAUAAUAAUUUAUCUGAUUUGAAAUAUUUUUAUUUACAAUAUGAUUGUUUAACUGAUACAUAUAAUAAUCAAAUUUUAUCUCUUUUACGUCGUAUGUCAAAUAUAGAAGUAUUAAAUUUACAUCUUACUAUGGAUAAUCAAACUACAUUUAUUGAUGGUAAACCCAUUUAUAAUGAAAUUAUUGUUCAUAUGUCACGACUUCAUACAUUUAACUUUUGUUUUUGUACUUUCAUUCCAUUGGAUCAUUUAGUCGAUCAUUUAUUUAAAGAUGAUAUUCUACAAACUUUUCCUAGCAUUAUAUAUCAACAAGUGGACUGUAUGAUUGAGUAUCAAGAUGUUGAUGUCAAAUAUCAUGUAUUUACAUUGCCAUUCAUGUUUGAUUAUCUUGCUUAUAUUGAUAAUACAUUUUCAAAUAUUAUUUUCAAUCAUGUUAUAAGAUUGGUGAUAGAGCAUGAAAUUUCAUUGGAACAUGAAUUUUUCAUGCGAAUUGUGCGGUCUUUUCCUUUACUUAAAAUAUUACAUGUUAUUAAUCUUAUGCCACAGUCACCAAUAUCAAACGAAUUAGACUCUAAUGAUAAUGAAUUGUAUUCAACAAUUAUUAAAUUUCCUUAUCUUACUACACUUAAUCUUCAAUAUGCUCAUCGUGAUUAUAUUGAACAAUUUCUUAAUGAUAAAAAAACACAUCUACCUCAUCUAACCAAAUUAACAGUUGGUUACUAUGAAUUAAAAACUGCCACGAGAAAUUUUACAAACGAUAGAACACGACUCAAUUGUAUGAAAGUAAAACAAUUAAAUAUGAGUCCAAAAAUGAGUAUACAUUCAGAAGAUUUCUAUGCUUAUUUUCCUUCAUUGUAA